UUUGCAGCUCUGAGUCAAGCUUUCCAGAGGGCUCCCAUGAGUGAAGGAAAAUAGUCCCCAUAAACUGUCUAUACCCUAUUUCUCACAGUCGCAAUGAGUGACCUCAUACCGUCAUGGAACAUCGUUCACAAACUGGAGAAGCGCAAUCUUCUCAUCGCCAUCAACUGCAUCGCGGCACUGUCGAUCCUAUUCUUUGGAUAUGACCAAGGAAUGAUGUCGGGGGUGAACAACUCCAAAAAUUACAUCGAUCUGAUGGGCUUCGGAUACACCAAGGUGGAGAACGGGGAGCUCACUCCGGUUGUUACUAACAGUCUGCUACAAGGCGGGAUCGUGUCUGUCUAUUACCUAGGAACGCUAUGUGGUGCCCUCAUCGGUGGUUGGAUAGGAGAUAAAAUCGGUAGAAUCAAAACCAUCGCCGCGGGAGCCGUGUGGGCAGUCUUUGGGGCGUCUCUGCAGUGCGCAGCCCAGAACCACGAUUGGAUGAUUUGCUCUCGCUUUAUCAAUGGCAUCGGGACCGGGAUUUUGAACGCCAUCGUCCCGGUCUGGGCUACGGAGACGGCUGAGCACACCUCUCGUGGACAAUUCAUUGCGAUCGAAUUCACCCUCAAUAUCUUCGGCGUGGUGGUGGCAUACUGGCUGGAGUUUGGUCUAUCCUUCAUUGAUGGCGGCAAAUCGGCCUUCCGCUGGCGCUUUCCGGUCGGGUUCCAAAUCAUCUUCCUGCUGCUCCUGUUUGCAUCCGUCUGGUUCUUUCCCGAGUCGCCCCGUUGGCUGGUCAAGGUUGGGCGCGAGCAAGAAGCGCGUUACAUCCUCGGUCGUCUUCGAGGAAGCAGUGGUGAUGAUGCCGUCCGCGCCGAAGCAGAGUUCCGGGAUAUCCAGAGCGUCGCAGAGCUGGAACGAACGAUGAACCAUAGCACAUCCUACUUAUCCAUGCUGUUCGGCCACAAGACAGGGAAGCUGCACCUCGGGCGUCGCGUGCAGCUUGUUGUAUGGUUACAGAUUAUGCAGGAAUGGGUCGGUAUUGCAGGGGUCACUGUUUAUGCGCCAACCAUCUUCAGCAUUGCUGGCUUCGACUCGAUGAAGAGCCAAUGGCUUAGCGGACUGAACAACGUCUUUUACAUGUUCGCCACUCUCGUCUGUGUGUUCACUCUUGAUCGCAUCGGCCGUCGAUGGACCCUCUACUGGGGCUCUAUCGUCCAAGGCAUUGCCAUGUUUCUAGCUGGAGGGCUCUCCCGCCUGGCAAUCAACGCCAGCGACGCUGGGGAUGCCUUGCGUGCCAGCUCAUUUGGAGCCGCCGCUGCAGCAAUGAUCUUCGUCUUCACCGCCGUCUUCGGUGCAACAUGGCUCACCGUCCCUUGGAUCUACCCCGCCGAAAUCUACCCCCUCGCCGUCCGAGCCCGCGGUAACGCCUGGGGUGUCGUCGGAUGGAGCAUUGGAAACGGCUGGCUCACCCUCCUCUGUCCCAUCAUGUUCAGCGCCAUCGGCGAGAAGACACUAUACAUCUUCGCCAUCAGCAACGUCAUCACCAUCCCGAUGGUAUGGGCUUUCUACCCCGAGAGCAACCAGCGGACGCUAGAGGAUAUGGAUCUGCUGUUCGCGUCGGAGAGUCCGUGGGUAUGGGAGGCUGAGAAGACGUUCGCGUUGCUGAAGGCGGAGAAUCCGGGCUUCGUGGAGACGACGGUGCGGAAGGGGAGUGUGGUUUUGGAGCAUGUGCGGGAUGUAUAGAUGUAUACGGUUUAGAUGGGACUAACAUCCAACCCUAAUACUACGGUAUACACACGACUAUGUACAUCAAAUCCAUUCAUUCCAACCAACCCUU